AUGAAGGACACAGACGGCUGGAUGACAGACUUGUCGCAGGCCGACAUGGAGGUGCCCGUUCCCAAGCUGCCCGCCGGCAUCAUCUCUGCCGAGUCCUUCGGCUGUACACCCUGCACCCCGUUCCACUCGCGGGGGAUGAGCACUCACGUCAGUAUCGAAAUGUUGGGAGUACUCCCUCCACCGGAGAAAGGCUGGCAGAGGCAAGGGAAGUCUGCCGAUGGCAAGGCAGCGUGGCUUGCAAACAAGGUUGCCCCCGAUUGGAUCUACAACAUGAACGAGCAGAAGUACUACCACGCACCCAGCAAAAGCUGGUGGGAGAAGCGUCCCCUCGAGUCGCAAGAUCCCAAGGCGCCACCCUACACUUUCGUACGAACCGACGCAUUCCACUUGAAGGCCUUGCGACACUUUGCUGCAUCCUUGGACUCCGGUGCUCUGCCUGCACCUCAGCUCACCUCAGCCCGGGCGUCUCCGGCUCUUUUGAAAGAGGGAGCUCAGGCAGCGGCUCAAAACACGAGAUUUCAUGCAAGACCCCUGCCCAUGCCCUAG